CACCAACCUCCACGAUCGGUGGAGGACAAGUCACCUUGAAAACCCAUUUUGCAACACUUUUCUACUUGCCUCCAACGACGGAGAUUGGGCCACUCAGACAUCACAUGCACACACCCAAAAAACGUCCCUCCGAAGAGGUCAUCCGCCCCUGCUCGCCAAGCAAGAAAAUGCUGACAGUUUGCGAGCAGAAAGUGACAGUGAUUGAUUCCGUGCCGGGCCAUGUGCACGUCGAGAGACCGUUAUUGAAGGAGCUUUGCGACCGAGAAAGAGAGUCUGCACAGGCCAAGCUGAAGAGAAUGGCUGAGAGUCCUGUGGCUGCUCUGCCACAUGAACUGAUUUCGAUGGUCUUUUAUUACAUUCACGAUCAGUCCACCCUGGCACGAAUUGCGCUUGUUUGUCGCGCAUUCAACAUUUGCGCGACGCCUUUAUUAUACAGAUAUCCCAAAUUCAAGUCCACCUUCAACUGGGCACAAUUUAUUCAAACGUUGAUUCGCCAUCAGAAUACUCGUCCGCUGGGAACAUUUGUUCAGAUGAUUGAUUUAUCCUCACCAGAAACAAAAUCUAAUUCCAGUAACAGCAAUGCGCGGUCGUCUCGCGUCGUUCCAAUUUAUUCCUCGGCGGCUACGAGCACCAUUGAGCUGAUUGUUCAGACAGGGGAAGCUGGAAACAACAACCAGAUCGGCGUAGAAGAUGAUGGAUAUAGUAUUGUUUCUGAAGAUAACGAACCUGAUAUUCUGUCGACGAUUUUACCGCCAGUUACCAUGUUGGUGAAUGGUAGCCAGUGGGGGUAUGCGGAGAGUCAUGUGGGGGGGAGUGCUGAUGGACAAGGAAUUACGACGGUCCCACCAGAGCCACCUACGGCCGCACCACCUCACCACACGGUUGUCUGGAACUAUUUAAACCAGCCUCCUACCGCCGUGCAUCAACACCCUCUUGUACAUCAUCUCCACCAUCCCGGCUCCACCCUCGCCUUCCAACCUGGACAUAAUCCACCAAUUCCACCCCAUAUCCUCCAUCACCUACGGGUUCACCAAACCGACACAAUACCCAGCACCCCGGCAAAAGACAUAAAAAAGUCUCCCCGACUGCAAAUACAAUCGUCAUCCUUAAUAUCCCUCGCUAUAAACUGUCCAAACCUCCUUCACGUGUCUCUCUCCAACUGUCCUAUCCUCCCCGACACGCUGAUAAAGGAGACAAAUGAAUACCUGUCCACCGUUCAAUACACGCCUCAACCAUACCUAACCCGAAUUCCAAUCACACCGACAACGGCACUCGAGCGUCUCGUCAAAGUGUGUCCCCGGAUUGUGAGUAUUGAUUUGCGGGGAUGCGAAUGGGUAACAGAGGAAGUUGUCAAUGUGUGCCUGGGAUGGAAGGAGUUGCGAGCUCUGAAUUUGGGACGUUGUGCAAAAAUUGGGAGUGGAUUAGCGAAAUUAUUUUUUGUGGAUAAGGGUGAGACUGUUGAGGGGGCUGUAAAGAGAGUUUUGACUGCUGGCAAUGGGAAUACCAAUGGAAAUGGAAAUGCAAAUGGAAACGGGAAUGCAAACGGUGGAGGUACUGGGAAUUAAAAAAGAAUUGUAGCGACCCUCGAGUUUGUUGGUUGGUGCAUGGUAUGGUUGCGUUGUGCAUGAGCACAUUUUGCGUCCCUCCAAAAAGCGAGGGGAUGUGUCAAUGUUUUUUUGCUAGUUUUGUUUUACCUUCCUGGACACUAUAUGUUGCAAAGUUUGUACUGUUGGUAUACGUUUUUGUAUGUGAAUAGUGCCGCUGAAUGGAAAUCAAAUAUAACUUUGCUGCCAACCCUCAUUGGUUUACGAAUAAUCAAA